AUGUCUCCGCGCUCCGUUAGCGAUACGUUUCCUCAGGGGGAGGAUCACCUGAGCAUGGCUGCGGGGCCGGCACCUGGCACAACCCCACAGGCCUUUUUCCUCACCUUGGCAGCCGCUGCCAUGCCGAACCCUCGCCUCCUACCGAGCAGCUCCGCACUCCCCGUGGCCGCCUCGCCUCAGCGGGGGUGUGUUCGUGCCUCUCCCCGCCCCGCACACCGCAGCCGGGCAGCCCCCGGCCUCCGCCCGCCUCAGCUACACGGCCGCGCCGGGGGAGGCGAGGGCAGAGCCCGGUGCAGGAUGGCUGUGGUGUUGGGUCGCUUUGCCCACGGUACCCCAGCACCGGGCUGCCGGCUCCUCAUGGCUCUGCUCCCGCCGCUCUUCUCCCUGUGCCCCGCGCAGACGGAGCCUCCCGGAUCCCUCGGUCUCAGUCUCCACCCGCCGUACUUCAACCUGGCCGAGACGGCCGGCAUCUCCGCCACCGCCACCUGCGGGGAGGAGGCGGGUGGAGGGCGGCCGGAGCUGUACUGCAAGCUGGUGGGGGGGCCGGCCGCGGCCCCACUAGGGAGAGCCAUACAGGGACAAUUCUGUGACUACUGCAAUGCUGGGGAUCCCAGUAAAGCUCACCCAAUCACUAACGCCAUUGACGGAACGGAGCGCUGGUGGCAAAGUCCUCCUCUUUCUAAGGGCUUAAAGUACAAUGAAGUCAAUGUCACUUUAGAUCUGGGGCAGCUCUUCCAUGUUGCCUAUAUUCUUAUCAAGUUUGCGAAUUCUCCUCGUCCAGAUCUCUGGAUCUUAGAAAGAUCGGUGGACUUUGGAAGAACUUACACUCCCUGGCAAUAUUUUGCUCACUCCAAAGCAGAUUGUUUGGAACGCUUUGGAAAGGAAGCAAAUGUUCCUGUGAAGAGGGAUAGCGAUGUCAUUUGCACUACAGAGUAUUCUCGCAUUGUGCCUCUUGAAAAUGGAGAGAUUGUAGUCUCUUUGGUAAAUGGCCGCCCAGGAGCAAAAAACUUCACUUAUUCCCCUAGUCUUCAAGAAUUCACAAAAGCAACAAACAUCCGCCUUCAUUUUCUCAGAACUAAUACACUUCUUGGCCACUUGAUAUCAAAAGCUCAACGAGACCCUACUGUAACCCGCAGAUAUUACUACAGCAUCAAAGAUAUCAGCAUUGGAGGGCGCUGUGUCUGCCAUGGCCAUGCUGAAGUAUGCAGAGCGAAAACUGCUGAAAACCAAUACCAGUUUCAUUGUGAAUGCCAGCAUAACACUUGUGGGGAAACCUGUGACCACUGCUGCCCUGGCUAUAAUCAGAAACGGUGGCAACCUGCAACAGCCGGGAACACAAAUAUAUGUGAACCCUGCAAUUGCCAUGGACAUGCCACUGACUGCUACUAUGAUGCUGAUGUUGAUCAGCGUCGAGAAAGCCUAAAUAUUCAUGGGCGUUAUGAAGGUGGAGGAGUCUGCAUUAACUGCCAGCAUAAUACAGCUGGUGUUAACUGUGAGAAGUGUGCAAAAGGCUACUAUCGUCCUUAUGGAGUUCCAGCAAGAGCUCCUGAUGGCUGUAUAUCUUGCCCUUGUGAUAUGGAGCGUGCAGAGGGCUGUGAGGAAGGAUCAGGCCGCUGUUUCUGCAAGUGGAAUUUCCAGGGAGAAAACUGUGAACACUGUGCUGAUGGAUUCUAUAGUUUUCCGUUUUGUAUCCAUAUUCCUGUUUAUCCUUCUCCAAAUCCAAGAGACGCUAUAGCUGGUGACAUAAUAGUGUGCGAUUGUAACUCAAUGGGUACCCAGCCUGAAGUCUGUGAUUUUCUUGGAAGGUGUCUUUGUCGCUCAGGGAUAGUUGGACUUCAGUGUGACAGCUGUCAGCCUGGCCACCACUCUUACCCUGUCUGUGAAGAAUGCAAUUGUGACUCCAUUGGCUCAGUGGAUGAUACAUGUGAUCCUAGAGGACAGUGUCUGUGUCAUACUAACUAUGCUGGACUUAGAUGUGACCAGUGUGCUCCAGGUUAUUACAGCUAUCCCAGCUGCUUGCCAUGUCAGUGCUCUUCUCAUGGUUCCCGGCACAGCAUUUGUGAGCCAACAACAGGACAGUGCGAGUGUCAAACAGAUGUUACGGGGAGACAGUGCAACAGAUGCAUUUCUGCAGCUCACAAUUUCCCCCACUGUGAAGGAAUCAACAGUGAAUGUAACCCUUCAGGUAGCAUUGAUUCUCAUUCUGGCUAUUGUCAGUGUCUUCAGCACGUUGAAGGUCCUACAUGUAGUAAAUGCAAACCGUUGUACUGGAACCUGGCCGAAGAAAACCCUGAGGGAUGUACAGCAUGCCAGUGCGAUGUGAGUGGAACGCUGAGUGGAGUUGGAGAAUGUCAGCAGGAAACUGGACGUUGCUAUUGCAAAUCUAAUGUGUGUGGAGAUUUCUGUAACACCUGUGAAGCUGGUUAUUAUGCUUUUGAAAACAAAAAUUAUUUUGGCUGCAAAGGCUGUCAGUGUGACGUCGGAGGAGCCAUCAGCUCUGCAUGUGCUGAACCCUCGGGUGCCUGCCAGUGCAGAGCUCAUGUUGAGGGGAAGGCCUGUCAGGAACCUGAGAAAAACUAUUUUUUCCCUGAUCUGCACCACAUGAAGUUUGAGAUUGAAGAUGGUGCAACAGUCAAGGGAAAGGAAAUUCGGUUUGGCUAUGAUCCUGAGGAAUUUCCUGGCUUCAGUUGGAGAGGAUAUGCCCAGAUGUCCUCUAUACAAAACGAAGUGAGGAUAACUUUGAAUGUGGAAAAAUCAAACCUCUACUUAUUUCGCAUUAUCCUGAGAUAUAUUAACCCUGGAGGUGAAUCAUUAUCUGGCCGCAUAUCUGCUUGUCAAACUUGGCCUGAAGCAGGUUCUGCUCAGAGUAAAGAGUUUGUCUUCCCACCCAGCAAAGAGCCAGCGUUUGUCACAAUCCCAGGAACAAACUCCACAGAGUCUUUCUCGCUGGUUUCAGGCACAUGGACUGUCAGUAUAGUAGCAGAAGAAGUCCUCUUGGAUUACAUGGUGCUGUUACCUAUAGAUUAUUAUGAAGCAUCCAUCUUGCAGAUCCAAGUUACAGAACCUUGCACCUAUUCAAGAGAUGUUUCAACAGAGAACUGCUUGCUCUAUCAGCAUUUGCCAUUGGACAGAUUUUCCUGUGUCCUUGCUUCAGAGGCAGUGUAUUUCAGGCACGGUGGAAAACACAGAAUACCUGUCCGACAGCCAACUCCUGAUCAUCCAGUGAUGUCGCAUAUCAGUGGAAGAGAGGUCAAUUUACAGGUGACCAUAAAUGUUCCUCACAUUGGUCGCUAUGUUCUUGUUUUUGAAUACGCCAAUGAAGAUGACCAAUUAUACACUGGUGAGGUAACAGUAAACAGCCCUGGGCCUGUCACAGAAGGCAGAGUGAGAAUAUACAGUUGCAAAUACAGUUUCCUUUGUCGUAGUGUUGUUGUCGAUGACAGGAACCGCAUCGCAGCUUAUGACCUUUUAGUAGAUACAAAGAUACAUCUUAAGGCAUCAUCAAUUAAUUUUCUUUUGCACAAGGUUUGUAUUAUAUCAGCUGAAGAAUUUUCGUUAGAAUACGUGAAUCCUAAAGUGCACUGCUUAGCUGGUUAUAGGAGCAGCCAUGACAGAAGUGUAACAUGCAUUCGCUCAGUGUAUGAAACUCCACCAGCAACGUUGGUUUUGAAUGCAUUCGGGGAUGGGAAAAUCUCUGAAGUGCGAAGAAAUACACUUCAUCGUCCACUUAGUGCCCCUUUGUCUUCUGACUCAGUUGAUGGAGUCACCUUGACAUCAUUACAGAACCAGGUAACCAUGACUGGCAGAGUGCCCCGCUUGGGCAAAUAUGUGUUUGUGGUACAUUUUUACCAGCCAACACAUCCAACAUUCCCUGUGCACGUGCAUGUGAAUGCAGGACAUGUGUGGUCAGGAUUCUUCAAUGCUUCAUUCUGCCCUCAUUCUUCUGGCUGUCGGGAUCAGGUGAUUGCAGAAAACCAAAUUGAGCUUGACAUUUCUGAACCUGAAGUUUCUGUUACAGUAAUGAUACCUGACAGAAGAAUGCUGGUUUUGGAAAGCAUCUUAGUUGUUCCAGCAGACAACUACAGUUACAAAAUUCUUGACAAAAAGACUGUGGACAAGUCAUUUGAUUUUGUCACCCAGUGUGGAGGAAACGGCUUUCACAUUGACCCAGAUAGAUCAUCAGCCUUUUGUAAGGAUUCUGCAAGAUCACUCGUGGCUUUCUACAACAAUGGAGCAGUGCCAUGUAAUUGCCAUAGUGAAGGUUCCACGAGCCCCACUUGUAGCCCUCUGGGAGGACAGUGUAUUUGCAGACCUAAUGUCAUCGGGCGUCAGUGCAGUAGAUGCCGAACUGGCUACUAUGGAUUCCCAUUCUGCAAGCCAUGCAACUGUGGGCAGCGUCUUUGUGAUGACUUAACUGGCAAAUGCAUUUGCCCUCCUCGAACUUUGAAACCAAAAUGUGAAGUGUGCGAGAAACAUUACUUCAGCUAUCACCCUCUUGUUGGCUGUGAGAGCUGCAAUUGUUCAGAAAAAGGAGUUAUUAGUGCGGCAAGACCAGAAUGUGAAAAAACCAACGGGCAAUGCAAAUGCAAACCAGGAAUAAGAGGACGGCAGUGUGAUCGGUGUGCUCCAGGUACUUAUGAUUUCCCGAACUGCAUACCAUGUAAUUGUAACAGAGAUGGCACGGAACCAGAUGUUUGUGAUCCUCAGACAGGGAUUUGUCUCUGCAAGGAGAAUGUUGAAGGUGCAGAAUGUGAUAUUUGCCGACCCGGAUCAUUUUAUCUGGACCCUUCUAAUCCCAAGGGAUGCACCACUUGUUUCUGUUUUGGGGUAACAAGAAGCUGUCGCAGCACAAAUCGUCGUCGAACCAAGUUUGUGGACAUGAGAAACUGGCGCUUGGAGGCAGUGGAUGAAAAUAUUGACAUUCCUGUCACUUUCAAUCCAGUCAGUAAUAGUGUGGUGGCUGAUGUUCAAGAAUUGCCUGCUUCAGUGCAUAGUUUGUACUGGAAAGCACCACCAUCUUACCUGGGAGAGAAGCUUUCUUCAUAUGGUGGCUUCCUAAGCUACCAGGUGAAAUCUUUUGGCUUACCUAGUGAAGGAAUGGUUCUUCUGGAUAAGAGACCUGAAAUAAUACUAACAGGCCAGCAAAUGAAGAUUGUUUAUGUGGAUCCUAACAACCCUCUGCCUGACCGUCAAUAUUAUGGGCGUGUGCAGUUAGUUGAGGGAAACUUCAGACAUGCCAGCAGCAAUAACCUUGUAUCCAGAGAAGAACUGAUGAUAAUCCUGUCUAGACUGGAUGCUUUACACAUCAGAGGCCUUUACUUCACUGAAACUCAGCGAUUAACCCUUGGUGAGGUUGGGCUGGAAGAAACGACCAGCACAGGAAGUGGCAGCAUUGCAUACAGUGUAGAAACAUGCUCCUGCCCUCCAGAGUAUGCCGGUGACUCAUGUCAGGAAUGUGGCCUUGGAUUUUAUCGUGAGAAUAAAGGUAUAUUUACUGGACGCUGUGUCCCCUGCAACUGCAAUGGAAAUUCAAAUAGGUGCCACGAUGGUACUGGGAAAUGUAUAAACUGCCAGUAUAAUACCGCUGGGGAAAAAUGUGAGCUCUGUAAAGAUGGUUAUUUUGGAGAUGCCACUCAAGGUUCCUGUCGGAUGUGUCCUUGCCCGUUUACAAACAGGUUUGCAACUGGCUGUGUGGCAAAUGGUGAGGAAAUUCAGUGUCUCUGCAAAGAAGGCUAUACUGGAGUUCGUUGUGAACGCUGUGCUCCAGGAUAUUUUGGAAAUCCACAGAAAUACGGAGGCUACUGUCAGAAAUGUAAUUGUAACAAUAACGGACAGCUGGCUAACUGCGACCGCCUGACUGGAGAAUGUUUCAACAAUGAACCAAAAGAUGUGGAUCCCAAUGAAGACUGUGACUCUUGUGAUAGCUGUGUAAUUACAUUGCUGAAGGAUCUGAGCACAAUAGGUGAUGAACUUCAGCUGAUUAAGUCCCAGCUGCAAAACGUCCGUGCGGAUGCCAACACUCUAGAGCAGAUGAGACAGUUGGAAAUGCGCGUCAAAGACUUAAAGGUCUUACUGAACAAUUACCGUUCUGUUAUACAUAACCAGGGAUCAAAGGCAGAUGAACUGGAGAAAGAAUUCAAUAAGCUAAAUCAUGAUGUAAAUGCUCUCCAGGAAAAGGCUGAAAUGAACUAUAAAGCAGCUGAGAUACUCUUAAAUAAUUUUGGACAAACUCAUCAAAAAGGAAAGGAUUUGGUUUCAAGAAUACAAAUAGUUGUCAAUAAUAUACAAGUGCUCUUGGAACAAAUAGCUGGUACGAACUCAGAAGGUAACAAUUUGCCUUCGGGUGAUGCUGCCAAAGAACUGGCUGAAGCUCAAAGAAUGAUGAGAGAGAUGCGAAACCGCAACUUUGGCCAACUGCAAACAGAUGCGGAGAAGGAGAGAACAGAAGCUCGGCUGUUACUGGCACGUGUCAAGAAUGAACUGCAGAAGUACCACCAAGAAAAUCAUGGACUUGUUAAAAUAAUGAGGGAUUCGUUGAAUGAAUAUGAAUCCAAACUUACUGAUCUUCGUGAAGCUCUAAAUGAAGCAACAGGACAAACCAAGCAAGCUGAGAACUUAAACAGAGAAAAUGGAGUUCUAUUGGAAGACAUUAAGAAACGAAUUGAUGAGACAAAUGCACAGCAGAACGGCAUCUUGGAUAUUCUGAGCUCUGCGCGGUCUUCCCUGACACAAGCUAACAGUAUGCUUGGAUUACUGCAGAAGAGCAAAGAGGAAUAUGAAAGCCUGUCUGCUCAACUUGAUGGAGCAAGGAAGGAUAUGAAUGGGAAGCUCACAAAUGGCUCCCUAUCAGCGAGCAAAGAACCUUUGGUGGUGAGGGCUGAGGAACAUGCCAAAUCUUUGCAAGACUUGGCAAAACAACUGGAAGAAAUAAAGAACAAUGCCAGGAAGGAUGAGCUGGUGGGCUGUGCUGUGGAAGCUUCUACUGCCUAUGACAAUAUUAUUAAUGCCAUCAAAGCUGCAGAGGAAGCAGCCAACAAAGCUGGGGGUGCAGCUGACUCAGCUUUAUCAACUGUGAAGAGAGAAGACCUAUCAGGAAAAGCUGCGAAGUUGAAAGCUGAGAGCAGUUCACUCUUGAAUCAAGCACGGGAGACUGAAAGGACACUGAAAGCUAUUGGUCCAACCCUCGGAGACAUAAAGCAAAGACUUGAAGUUACCGAUGGAAAGAAGAACGCACUACAAAUUGAUCUUGUUACUCUUCAAAAUAAUCUCAAUGGGAUAAACAGAGAUGACAUUGACAACAUCAUCACCAGUGCAAAGAACAUGGUAAAAAGUGCCAAGGACGUGACAACUAAUGUAAUGGAUGAGCUGAUCCCAAUUCAGGAAGAUGUGGAAAAAAUGAAGGGUACCUAUGGAAGCACACAAAGUGCUGGCUUCAAUAAAGCAUUGACAGAAGCAAACAAUUCAGUAAAAAAACUGACAAACCAACUUCCAGAUCUGUUCAGCAAGAUUGAGAGUAUCAACCAACAGCUAAUGCCAAUAAGUAAUAUCUCUGAGAACGUAAACCGCAUAAGAGAGCUGAUUCAGCAGGCAAGAGAUGCUGCAAAUAAGGUUGCUAUUCCUAUGAGGUUCAAUGGCAGCUCUGGUGUAGAGGUUCGACCUCCAAGCAACCUUGAAGAUUUGAAAGCCUAUACUUCACUUACUUUUUUUCUCCAAAGACCUCAGAAAAGAUCAGAUGUCCCCCAGGAGGCAUCAAAUAACUUUGUCCUGUACUUGGGCAAUAAAGAUGCUUCUAAAGGGUAUAUUGGUAUGGCAGUAAAAGAUGGUCACCUCACUUGUGUCUAUAACCUGGGAGAUGGUGAAGCAGAUGUUGUUGUGGAUCCACUUGUGAUGCAAAGCGACACUGAGGAAGCCAUUAUGGAUCAAGUUAAGCUUGAAAGGAUUUACCAGUACGUAAAGCUGAAUUACACCAGAGCAGCAACCUCAACUUCUCCAGUAUUUGAAAAGCCUUUGACUGCAAGCAGUGGAGAUGGAAACACCCUCCUAAAUCUUGAUCCCAGCACUGUUGUCUUCUAUGUUGGAGGAUACCCACCAGAUUUUAGGCCUCCACGUAAGCUAGACUAUCCUCCUUACAAAGGUUGCAUUGAAUUGGACAACCUAAAUGAGAAUGUUAUCAGCCUUUAUAACUUCAAGAAGACAUUUAAUCUCAAUACCACUGAAGUGCAGCCCUGCAGAAGGUAUAAAAAAGGGACUGACGAAAGCUACUUUGAAGGCACUGGUUAUGCCAGUGUCACGUAUAAAGCAACAAAUCCAAAUGCACUGCUACGCUACGAGCAGACAAUUCAGACUACUGCAGAUGAAGGCAUAUUGUUUUUUGCAGCAAAUGAGGAUCAGUACAUCACUGUGCUCGUUAAAAAUGGCCAUCUGGCUUUUAGAUACAAAAUUGACUCUGAGCUUCCAAAAGAAAUAGAAAGCAAUUUAACUUUAAAUGAUGGGACGCAUAAACAUAUUAGUGUAUUGAUUUUCCGAAUUAAGAGUAUUGUUCGUGUCAGCACUGUUAUUUCAGUCGACAUUAAAGUCUUUGAUUUCACUAAAUAUUAUCUUGGUGGAAUUCCAUCUUCUCUACGGAAACGCUUUGGUAUAACUGUACCUCCGUUCUGGGGCUGCAUGAAUAAUGUGAAGAACCCAAAGGCUGGAUUUAUUGUUUUUGAUGAGACUGUUGGUGUCAGCAAGAAAUGUUCAGAUGACUGGAAGCUUGUCAGAUCUGCAUCUUUCUCCAAGAAGGGCACACUGAGCCUGAGUGCAGCGAGUUUCCCAUUUCCCAAAGAUUUCCAAGUUGGCUUUGGCUUUCGAACGAUGGCAUCAACUGGAACACUCUUAAGUUACAGUCUAUGGCCUAAUAUUUUUACCAUCUAUCUGAGUCCUGGCUUUGUAAAUGCAAAGAUAGGAGAGAAUGAAAUGAAAGUGAAGAAGGAUUAUGAAGAUGGAUCAAUGCAUUAUGUGACAGUAACAAGAAAAGCCGACACAGUAAAACUGCUGGUUGAUGAUGACAUCGAUUCAAAAUCAUUUGACUUUCUGAAGUCACAGACGUUCGUUCAGCCUAUAAGAUUUGGUGGAGAUGAUUUUGAAGGUUGCAUCUCAAAUGUCUUUAUAGAAAGGACAGGUCAGCUCCCUGAGGUUCAAAAUCUCAUGAAUUUUACUGCAAAGACUGAUGUCUCCCUUGGAGCUUGCCACCAGUAUGAAAACCUUGAACCAAUGCUGCUGAAAGAAUCCAAAAACCCACUCAGGUUUAAGAUGCUCAAGGAUGAAAAAGACUUUGAUUAUUUGACGUAUUCUAAUGUGCAGCAUGACCAGCAAAAUUACACUUUACUAACUCAGUUAAAUGUCAACGAUGAGGUAUAUCUCCUUGGAAACACCCCCAACAGUUUUAUAUCCUACACGUUUCCUUCAUCUUCACCUAUGGAAAGGUUACAUUUUUCUGUGGAUAUACGAACUCGAUCAUCGAGAGGAUUGAUAAUUUUUAUGGAAGGAAGGUCUGGGAACUCUUACACCGCUCUCCACAUUUCAAAAGGACGUUUUGUCUUUUCUCUUGGAUCUGGAAGACGGCGAAUCAAAAUCAGAACCAGUGUUAAAUACAACGAUGGGCAAUGGCAUACUGUGGUAUGCGGCAGAGAUGGGGAAAAUGUCCUCCUUGUUGUUGAUGGUCUGAGGGCUCAGCAUGGAAGAUUAGGAAGAUUAGCAAGAGAUUCCAUCACUGACAUUAAGCCAAUAGUCUACCUGGGAGGGCCGCCAUUGCUGAAAAGACAGAAUAUACCAAUGAAGAGUUUCAAGGGUUGCCUGAGGAAUUUUAAGAUGAAUGGAAAAGUCAUGAACGCACCUCAGCAAAAAAAGGAUGUGCUUCCAUGCCUGGAUGCUCCCAUGGAGAUGGGGAUUCAUUUCUUUAAGGAAGGAGGAUACAUUGCUGUUGGCAAUUUGCAAAUGGGCUUGGAUUUUAGGAUAGUAUUCAACAUUCGUCCAAGGAGUUCAACAGGUGUACUCCUCCAUUCUGGAAGCAAGCCAGACAAUUACUUAACUAUUUACAUGAAAGAAGGAAAGGUCGUUGCUGCUGGAAAUGGUGGAGCUGGAGAAUUCCAGACAUCAGUCACACCGCAGCAAUCUCUGACUAAUGGACAGUGGCAUACAAUUGCAGUCACUCAGAAGAAGAAUACUGUGCAGCUAGAAGUAGACACAGAGAGUAACUACACCAUUGGACAUCCACCCUUCUCUCCUGAAUAUGUUGUGCAUCACCCUCUCUACUUCGGCAAAAUUCCAGGAAACUUGGAGUCGCUAUGGCCUCCAGUCAAAGAUUCAUUUUUUGGCUGUCUUCAGAAUAUUAGCAUCAAUGGCAAACCUGUCUCCACCAAGAGAAUUUCAGAGGUUCACGGGGCUGUGAGUUUGCGUGGGUGCCCGGCCACAUAACUUUACUUGUACACUCAUCAGAUUGGGUCUGCUGAAGUACUGUGUGAAUUCAUAUCUUGUGGGUUCCCCUUUUGCUGCUUGUUGUGUCACAGAAUAGUUGGUAAGAAAAUGAAUCCUUUGGAUGUGGACUGCACCAAAGUAAAUUUAAGGUAUUGCCUUGGAUAAACUCCCUAUUAAAUGUCAUUGAUUUCUGGUGUAAUCUGUUGUGUCUUUUGAAACAUAUGCAGAAAAUGUAAUUGUAUAUACCCUGCUGGGUCGAAUUCUGCUCUCACCCACAACAGCUUAUAGUUGUGUGGAAUUCCAGUGUCUUAAUUUCAGGAAUUUGCCGUAAUGCUGAUCAUCCUGAGAGCAAAUUUGAUCCACCGAUGUAAAGAAAUUUAUAAAAAUGAAAGUCUCUUUGGAUUGAUGAACAGAAUUUUUAUACAGAAAUGUGUACAUUAAUGUUAAAAAUAAUAAUAUAAGUGGAGUUUGAAGCACUUUAAGGAGUGAAACUCUGGGAGUUUGUUGAAAUACUAGAAAUUCUGGAACCAAAUAAAAACAGUAUGUUCUUAAAGCCA